AGAGAAAUAUAUGCUGGAAACCUGAAGGGAAGACUUUGCUGCUUCGAGGGGGAAAGUUAGGUUUUCCAGAAGAGAAACCAUGAAGACCUUAUUCAUUUUUGUCCUUGUGAUGAGUGUUUGGUCUUGUUCUGCGUUGCCAGUGUACGACUAUGAACUGUCCAUCACGGAAGAAGCUCUGCAUGCCUCCAUUGGAAGAGUGAAUUCUAGAUCACAAUGGCCAGCCCUGUUUGGCGUCGUCAAGAGCUACGUUAGAGGGGUUGACCUGUUGGAUAACAAUGACUACAGUAUAAUGCUGGACUUCAUUGUUCGAGAAACCACCUGCACUAAAGAUUCAGAGAAGGACCCGUCCUCGUGUAACUUCAGAGUGGGACACUAUGUGCAAACGGCCUUCUGCAGAAGUACAGUGUGGGUCUCUGAAGAGCAGAUACAGAACUUGACAGUUUACUGCAGCCAGGAUGGGUCCAGCUCAGAAUCCUCAAGCAGUGAGGAGAUGAUGUUCAUGGAAAUCAUGGCCCCAGAUAGAAGGGGUGACAGUCGCAAUGAAGCUAAACUUGCUCCUGAGGCCUUCUCUGCAGGGAGAAGACGCCAGAGCUAUAAAGCUCAGCGCAAAUCCAGUAAAACAAACUCCUAUGCAUUGGAAUAACCCCACUCAGUAAAUUGAAGGUCCAACAGGACCAGAAGCCAAAGAACCAGCACAUGAAGGAGGAACUCGACAGCAAUUAACUUUAUUUCAUCAGCAAAAGCCAUUUUGUAGCAUAUUGACUCCCAGCACCCCCUCCCCCGACCACUUUCCAUUUAAUGGCAAAUGUCAAUUGAAGUAUGCACACAAAUGUGUGGAAAUGGGCAUUCUAUUGCAUUGCUGUAUAUUGGGGCUCAU